GUUGCGAGAUGUCAAUUGCCGCACGCAGGUGGUGCUCCAUUCGUAAUGGCGUAUGACGGCUGAGGAGCCACGGGUGCGAAACGCGCACGGGUGCACGAGAGUUUUCGCGUAUCCGCGACACAACGGGGUGGUGAUUAAGUGCCGCGGCGUGUUGCACGUGUCUCGGACGUACGCGGUAAGAUGAGCACGUCGACUGGCGUGCUGCCGUCGUACCAGCGCCUCGCGAACGGCGUACCGGUGCCGUUGUUCUCGAGACGGUCCUUCCGUCCGCGCGAGAAGUACCUGAUCCUCCUGGUAUUCAUGACGUUCGGCGUCGUCUGUUUCGGCGCGUUUUUUUACCUGCCGGACUUCCGUACCGGCGGCGCCGCCGUGAACAGUGUCUACCGCGUGUACCAGAGUAUGCAGAAGGCCGGACCGGAGUUGCUCCUGCCGGUGCCACCGCGCGCCUCUGGCGACGUCAAGGACUCGCGCUUGUCCGCGAUCGGCCAUCCGAACGCCGUGCCGCCCGGCCACGAGGGCAGCGAUCAUCAGGACGUGCACCUCGUCGAGGACAAGCAGAAGCUGCAGGCGAAAAUCGACGAGGAGUAUCAACAGCAAAAGACAUUAGAAAAACCGGACAUGGGUGAAUCGCGAGUGCGUACAAGUAGUUCUUCAUCGUUGAUUGUGCACAAGGAAGAAUUGGUUUUGGUGACAGUGCCACCAGCGCCUGCGGAUAAGCUGCCAUUAAUCGUCGGUGGAGAGGAUAAGGACCCUAUUGCCAGACAGCGAAGGGACAAAGUGAAAGAGAUGAUGAAGCAUGGUUGGGACAAUUACGUACGGUAUGCAUGGGGGAAAAACGAAUUAAGACCAAUCUCGAAGAGAGGUCACAGUGCCAGUAUCUUCGGGGCCUCAAAUAUGGGCGCUACUAUCGUCGAUGGACUUGACACUCUUUAUAUCAUGGGUCUCCAUGAUGAGUUUAAACAAGGACGCGAUUGGAUCGCCGAGAAUCUGGACUUCGAUAUCAAUUGUCCCAAAAUUGUUAUCAUGAUUGAACAUCUGAAAUUGAAAAGAAUAAAGAUAAUUCAAGAACAUUUUGUAUCUCUUGCGGUAUCAAUAAAUAUAAUAAGAAUAUGAAAUUAAAAGGCGGCACAACAACGAUCAUUCAUCUCGGUUAUUCUGGUGAGCGAGAUAAAUUCCAAUGGUCGAUGUGAGCAAGCACGCUAAAGAAAUAUCGUGCAAUAUAUAUUGCCUGCAAUGAGAUUUAUACAAGAAUGAAAACUGUGCGGCCGGCACGCGGGGUUUGCACGGGCUAGAUGGGAACUGAAAUCAUGAACGGGUUAUAUGGACUUGUCCGCGAUUCGGACAGGCGAUAAAUUUGGGAAGGAAGUUGCAUCCAAAGGGGCCUAACCGCUUCAAGUAUAAAAGAAGACACGCAUCGCAUAUUAUACAUUGAGGAUGCACGUAUAGGGAAGGGAAUGUAAGAUAAUGUACUGACCACCACAUAUCUAACACAUUGCCAUUUCGCGUUAAUAUAUAUACUCAAAUCAAA